UUAAACAAACAGAGACCGGAAGUAAAUUUCCGCUCAGACGCGCAACCGCACUGUCUGCUAUGUUGUGAUAAAUAUUUUGUACUUUAUGACCCAAGGAAAAUUAAUGAUGCGGUAAAUACUAACCGUUGAUUAACCAUUUAACCGGUAAUCGUUACACUUCUUUCUAUCGUAGGGGCAAUGCUCGGUGUGCCCAGUGAGUCAUCGAGCAACCGUUUUGGCCCCGCCCAAAUAAUCCUGAAAUAAAGAGAUGUGGAAAAACUGUUUAAUGGUGUAACGCCACAGUACUACAUAGUUCACAGUCUUUAUAACUUGUUUCAGUAAUACAUUUCUAACAAUUAUAAUGUGUUUAGAAACAAUUCUCUGAAAUGGAUAAGUCUGCCAUUAUCUGAAUCCUUUGUCUUAAACACAAGCCCUUGAAUAAAUCCGUUGAGAUAUAUUAUUAUCCCGCUUUAAAUGUAAAUAUCUCAUGACUCAUCCUCAUGUGUGUGAUUCUGUCCUGAACAUUCCCUGUAUAGAGGAUUUGAGUCAUAUAAAGGAACCCACUAAUGGCUUUUGUAAAGUUAAACACAGACUGAUGGUGUCGGGUGAUCUCUGUUGAGAGUUCAAAUGUUCAAAUGAUUGAGGUUUCCCUUCAUAAAGGAUCAUUAUUUUACAGGAGAGAGGAUUAACAGGUUUUUAUCUAGGAUUAUAGUACUGGCCUCUGGCCAGGUUUUCUAAUGGGUGUGGGUUUAUAGUUAAAGCUUAAGCACCCUUCUGAAAGCCCUCAGACAGCUUCAUCUCAACGCUGGAUCAUGGCAAGUUCGUAGAUGGCAGGUCUUGCUGAUGAUUUGUUAUGAAGAAACUUGCACAGAUUUUCAAUGAAAGGAAUAUCCAGAUGAAGAUUGCAGAGUUGGAGACAACUACUGGACUGAAAAAGAUGCAAGAGGAGUUUUCACCUGAACAGGAUCAUUUGAUCAGCAUUGUAAGUAAUGGUCAGCGUGGGAGAAUCGAGGAACAGCGCUGCUCCUUCGGUCCAAGAACAUCUCAACAAGCUCCGGUCUACAGCCCAGAUCCUGAUGAGAUUUAUCAGCUCCUGGUUAAAAGUCAGAGCCGCCGAUUAGAUGAGCAACGGAUGAUGCUUAAUUCAUCACCAGGGAUGGAGGCAUUCACCAUGAGAGAGCCAAAAGAGACAAAUGCAUUGAAAAUAAGCUUUGAUCAGAUCUGCAACAUGGUCAGCCGCACUCAUAGUUUCAGGAGACGGACCCCUCCAAAAAACCUUCGGACCCCUGAGUCACCAGGCUCUAUGAAAAGGGCAAGCUUCAGUUUCACCAAACCCACUCAACAUUGUGAUGACUCUUUUAACAAGCUGCCAUCUAGAUCAACCUCUUUCAGCCCAGACAAAGACAGAACAGAUUAUGAAUGUUUUCAAGGUGAACAGGACAAACUCUUCUGUCUAGUUAGUGAAGCUCAGCGUGGACGUAUUGAGGAUCAACGCUGCUCUAUUAACCCCUUAUCACAUUCAACCAGCCAUAUAGAUAACAUACAGUCAGAUCAACAUGCUGACCAGUUUUUUACACUUAUUGCCGACACCCAGAAUCAACGGUUAAAUGACCAACGGGCAACACUUCCAGCGACAUCUUCUGAUUUAACUGGUCAGGAAUCUGAUCAACUCUUCAACAUCAUCUCCAGACUACAGCAGGGCUUACGGAUUGAUGAUCAACGCUGCUUUGCUCCCCAAAUCCAACUGGGCUCUCCUGCCCCCCCGAGAAAGUUUCAAUCACGACCUCUAUCUGAAUCAGAGUUAACCAGAGGAUCAACAUCUUUCAGUUCAGUUUCUGAGGAUCACGGUUCUGAUCAUGACCAGUUUUUCUCCCUGAUCCAUCAUGCACAGCAAAGACGAAUGGAUGACCAGCGAUGCUCAUUUGAACCCAGCAACCAUAGUUCCUUCAUUCCAAUAUGUCCAAACAAUACACCCAUAGGGUUCAAGCCUUCCAGCACUGGGAAUCAAAGAGAGCGAAAUCCACAGAUCAUCCUGACCCCCGCAUCACCUGCUACACCCAAAAAACCUGAUUCCAGACCCGCAUCACCCAUCCUGAUGCUUUGUGACUCUGAACCUCUUCCCAGAUCUGCCUCAUUUUGCCCUGUGUCGGAGAAAGAAAGGUUAUUAUAUGAUGACAUGCCCAUGCAGAUAACAUUUCAAAUUUCCAUGCGCCUCCCUCCACACGAAUCGUGUCUAUCUCCCGAAGUAUUUCUCACAAUCGGACAACCAGGGGAAACUAUCGUACUUCCUCUCAGUUUCAAACCUGGCAGACCUGUCUCCCUUAACGUGAACCCUCCUAAAAAGCAUCACUCCAGGUCCACAUCUCCUCACGGGUCUCCUGCAAGACAAGAACGUGGAAGGCCGUCAUCUCUAAAUGCAAAAAAUCCAGGUCCAGUCAACCCACACGAGGACUACUUCUCUCUGAUCCAGAGAUGUCACAGUAAUCAGCUACAACAGAACAAUGAACAGAAAAGAGAAGAGAUAAACAGACAGGCCAAGAGCGAAAAAGGAAAAAAUAGUGGUAGGAAAGAGAAAAAAAGAAGGAAAUAAAGAAAAGAAAAAAUAAGAUGCAUGUUCAACUUAUUUAUCUCAAUUAAUGCUGGCUUUAUAUUAGCUAUGGAUAAAUAUCUAUGCUUUUAUAGAAUUUACUUUUUCUGUACUGGUAAACUGUACGGUAAACAGAUUAAAGGAAUUUAAAUUUUUGUGUUAAAGUAUCAAAAGACAAAUAUAAAUGACAACUACAUAUCAUAUAGGGCAGUUCCCCAGACCGGGCUUAACCUAGUCCUAGACUAAAAUGCGUGUUUGAGCGUUUUAAAUUUAAAAACCACUUGUCCUGAUUAAUGUUAACAUAUUUUGUUGACAUUGUUUUGUCUUAAGAUGCACACCUGUAGUGUUUUUUUGUAAGGUAUGUGUGUAAAAACUUCUUAAUGACCUAAUAUUAAUAAGGCAUAUUCAUGGAUUAACUUAAACCCUGUCCGGGAAACCGUCUCAUGGUUUUUAGACAGUGUCCGUUCCUAAAUUCGAAGGCUGCAGCCUCCGGAUGUCGCAUUUUCAGGCUGCAUACGUCAUCAAGACGGUCUUUUAUCGGAAUAUUAACAAUUUUAAAGAUGACUGUUAAUCUUAGUUAAUCAUAAAUUGUUGUAACAUGCUCAUGAUUUGCGAAUGUAACGCUU